CUCUCUCUCGCACGCGUCGUCCUCCCCGGCCUCCACUGCAUUCCCUCCCUUCCCGUCUGCUCCUCCCUCCUCCUCGCCCGACCCCGUCUACAACCCCUGGUUAAAACCCUACGUACUGCCAACCCCGUUGCCAUGGCACCGCAGCCGCCUCUCUUCCCUCCCGCUGCCUUCGACCGCGGCGGCGGCGGCCUCCCUUCAUGGGACCCUAGCCGCACCUCCAACCCUUCCUUCGACCAGGGCUUCCUGAAGGCGGCCUUCGACGGCGAGCUCCACCUCGUCAAGAAGGCGGCGAGGGUGGUGGGAAGGGGGGCGGAAGGCAGUCGCCUCGCUGAGAAGAUGGGCGCGGUCAGGGACGGCUACGGCAUGGGCUUGUUGCACACCGCGGCCCUAGGCGGGAGCCUGCCCGUGUGCCGCUACCUGGUCGAGGACAUCCGGCUGGAUGUCGAUGACGUAGGCCCGAUGGGCGAAACGCCUUUGACUGUUGCGAUUGGCUGUCAGAAUGUGGAUUUGGUGCGCUACUUUCUUGAUCAAGGUGCUGCUACAAUGAAGCUCAACGACAGUGGGAGUACUCCCCUCCACCUUGCUGCUGCAGCAGGAAGCUGUGAAAUAGUUGAGCUCUUACUCUGCAGUGGAGCUUAUGUUGAUGCACUACAUCUUGGUGGGACGGCACUGCAUUCUGCUGCCCGUGAUGGGCGGGAUGAUAUUGUGAAAGUUUUGCUAGACCACCAUGCAGACCAUAAGAUAACUUUGGGUGGUACUGGUUAUACAGCUCUUGCUAUUGCUAGUGUUGUGCACUCACUGAAAUGUGUGAAGCUCCUGCUUGAGGCUGGUGCUGAUGUGGAUGGUAAUUGUAAAGAGACACCAUUAAUCAUUGCUGCCAUUAGUGGCUCAACUGAAAUCCUGAAGUGCUUAGUUCUGGCUGGUGCGGAUGCUAAUGUUCCUGACAGUGUCUAUUUUGUGUGUAUUUUGGGUGUCUCGAUUUAUCCUAAUAGGAUUAAAAUACAUGAAACAUCAAAGUUAGGACGAGCUCCUAUUGAAAUUGCUGCCCGCUCUGGUAGGCGUGAAGAUGUUGAGAUUCUAUUUCCGGUCACUUCUCGUAUUCCAAAUGUAUGUGACUGGAGUGUAGAUGGGAUCAUUAGGCAUGUAAAAUCAGUGCGUCCAGCGAAGAAAGCCAUGCUUACUAGUGCAAAAUCUAAAGCGCAUGAGGCGUUCAAGAACGGGAACUAUUAUCUUGCAGCAAGAAUAUACAAAGAGGUAUAUUAUUACGAAUUUGCUAAUUCUCAGUUGCCUGAAAUUUUCGUAAAUCUGAGCCACCUAAAAUUGCUCCUUGGUUGGCCUGAACUGCACCUUUUAUACUAGUUCUUGCAUGUUUUACGGCAUAGUGCAAAUUUUGUACAAAGUGUGCAACCUCUGCAAACUAAAUUUUCUGGUUUAGUUUUUAUCCUGUAUAUAUAAUAUUCUACUUGUUUUUCUCUAUCAGAGUAAAACUUCUC